AUGAGUGGACCUUUUCAAUCGAGCAUCAGCCAAAAAGCAUUUUUAUCCCCCACUGACGUCGCUGAGCUCACAGCUGCAGCAGUGGCAGCAUUACCCAGUACCUUGUCGCAAGCCAAUCUGGCGCUUAAAAAGUCGACGAGUAGCGCGCACCGUACAGAAAACGGCGACAUUGUGCACCACCAUCAGGCUACACACCGUGGGGGCAACGCUACCCUCGUAACGUCUACGACCACGACGAUUCGUCACACGGGAGGCACUGGGAAGACCAGCGUUUCGGCUUCCAAUGGUAUGACGACCAAUACGGCUCUCGCACCACAGCCACAAUACUCAUUGCAUUCACAUGGUCACCACCUUCAUCACCACCUCUCGCAUGGUGCGAGUUUGUUGGCCAAUGGAAGUCUCAGUGGACUGGCGAACGCAAGUUUAGGGACAAAUGCACUCGAUGGUUCGGUCAGAACAGGAUCUCUUGCUGUAUCACCCACAUUCCAGGGUGAUGUUAAUCAAAUUGAUGCUGGAUUGAGCUCAGAAGAUGCAGACGUGCAGCUUGAAGCAGCCAAGAAGCUGCGCGUGUUGCUGUCAUCUGAGCGAGAUCUUCUGAUUCGGCAGAUGCUGGAGAAGAACUGGACUCCACGUCUUAUCAAAUGGCUUCGUUUGCGAGACCGACCAACUUUGCAAGUCGAAGCCCUAUGGGCUCUUACAAACAUUGCUGCUGGAGCAACUGACAACACUUCGGUUUUGUUGCAAAAUGGCGUGAUUCCAACGCUGGUUUCAUUGCUGGACUCGUCGAAUGAGGAGGUAUUGGAGCAGUCAGUAUGGGUUCUUGGUAACUUGGCUGGUGAAGGUGCAGCUACGAGAGAUCUUGUGCUCAGCGCUGGUGCUCUCACGCCACUGGUCAAUAACUUAAAAAAGACGUCGUGGGACCGUCUGUCGUUGUUGCGUAUCUUGACAUGGACGAUUAGCAACCUGUGUGAUGGCCAGCCACGACCAGUGUUUGAUAUUGCGCUCAUACUUCCUUAUCUGGCCAAGAUGCUAACGAGUACAGACACAGAAAUCUUGAGUCACGUAUGCUGGGCAUUCUCCCAUUUGUGCGAUGGACCGAGUACACACAUUCAGGCGGUUGUGGAUUCAAACGUGUGCUUUCGGCUCGUCGAACUACUAAGUCAUUCGUCAUGGCGAGUCACAAAGCCAGCCCUGCGUGCGAUUGGGAACAUUGUGUGUGCCGAGGAUGAUCACGACUAUACGCAGCACAUUAUUGAGUGUGGUGCUGUACCUUCGUUACGUAGACUUAUUGCUCAUUCCAAUCGUGAGAUCCAAAAAGAGGCGUGUUGGACUUUGUCGAACAUUGCUGCAGGGACCGUUGAUCAGAUCCAGUGUGUGUUGGAUUCAGGAUGUAUUCCGUCAUUGAUGGGACUUGCAGCAUCUGAUGCGACCGAUGCUGAGGUCAAAAGUGAAGCAUGUUGGGUCGUUCUUAACGCUACCUCAUGUGGAUCGGAUAGUCAAAUUGAGUAUCUUGUGAAUCAGGGCUGUAUUCAGAUUCUAGGUAAUCUUUUGGAAGAAACGAGUAUGGUAAUGAUGGCAUUAGAAGGCUUGGAGCGCAUUCUUCAGGUCGGUGAGUUGGAGGCAAAGCGCACAGAUUCACCAAACCCGUACGCAAGUCUUAUGGCUUCUGCUAAUAUAGAAACAUUGGUGUCACACAAAUCGGCGACUGUGGCUAAACGUGCUACACGAAUCUGGCAGCAACAUUUUGUCACUUGUGCAAUAUGUCUGGGCCCUUUUUCUAAACAUUCGAAUGAUACGUUCUUUUGCGCCGAGUGUAAGUGCAAUGUAUGCAAAAACUGUGACUGCACAGUGUUUCAUCUCAAGUAUCAGGAGAGUCUUUGGAUGGAAGAGACAAAGAAAGAAACGAAUGAAAAGCAGGCACGUCAAGCGUCCAAACGUAGCAAACGUCAGAAGAAACGCCAGCGAACGAAAGAGCGCAAGGCGGCUUUACUUCGAGGUCAAAAAGCCUGUGGAAAAGGCUCGAAGCAAAAUCAACAGCACAAAGAUCAGCAACAACUUGAUAACUCGUCUUCAGAUGAAAAUUCAUCUACAAAAUCGGUAGGUAAAGAUAUUAGAUUUCGACGGCGUGAUGCAGAUGAAUUAGCAUCCGAGAAUGACUCAAACGGGUCGAAUGAUGAGGAUGAAGAUGCUGGCACGACUAUUUCGGGUGAAGAUGAGGAGGUUGCGAUCGAGGACGAAGAUAAUGUCGAUGUACUGGAUGAAAUGGUAGAUGCAAACGAUAAAUUGGUGUCGUACUUGCUGGAGACCGGAUCAAUUAUGGCACUUGCUGAACGUUUGGACUUGGAAGAUGACAGCACAUGGAUUGUAGAAGAGAAAGAUCGAACUGCUAUUCACGCAUGA